AUGGCGGAGCAGCAACACCCACAGCAUGACGAGCCGUACCUCGACGUGGAAGAAGACACCAGCGAACACGCGCCACUGAACCCCGGCAGCUCUGGGACAGGCUCGUCGGGGCUGCUGGUCGGUCCCUUGUCAUCCUUGUCGACCUCGUCGCCUUCACUAUCAGUAAAGACGCCAGUAUGGUACGACCUUUCGACAGUGCGAAGGACUUACGGGCAAUUCGAAGUGUUGGGCAGCGUGAAGCGCUUCUUCUAUGCUCUGAUCCCCAGCUGGAUCACGACCCACUCGGCCACCACGCCUUCGAAAUCCGGGAUAUCAGCACUUGACGGCCUCCGCGGGCUCGCAUGUCUGUUCGUGUUCAAUGAACACUACGUGAUCUGCUAUCAGUCUCGCGAGACCCAGGUGUGGCUCAUGCGAGUCCCCUUCAUCCGACUGCUAUGGUACGGCAAGGCGGCGGUCUUUUUGUUCUUUGUCAUCUCAGGCUACGUCCUGAGCGUCAAACCACUGAGGUUAAUGCGGGCGAAAUCCUAUCUGGACUUCCACAAGACCAUCUCGUCGAGUUUCCUGCGCCGUGGGAUCCGGCUGUACUUGCCAUGCAUGAUUGUGAGCCUGGUGGCCUGCGUCUUGACCUACAUGGGGUUUUUCGACCGCGCGAGCGAGAACUACUUCCAAUACCGCAACUUUGUCUUCCUCAAGGAGCAGCCGCCGCCGCAUAUGCCGACAUUCCGCGAACAGUUUGCGGGAUACAUGACCAACGUCGACUUCAUUUUCAGCGCCACCCUCCCCUUCGACAGGGACACUGAUGUUUUGCACUACUUCAUGUACGACGACCACCAGUGGACCAUCCCCAAGGAGUUCCGCAGCAGCAUGGCCGUCUUCGCCGUGCUGGUAACCACAUCACGCAUGCGUGCGCCCUUCCGACUGUUUACCGUGGCCUCGUUGGGCGUGUAUGCGGUACAGACGCUGCGGCUGUAUACGUCGCUGUUCAUGGCGGGCAUCGUGUGUGCCGAGAUCGACCUGAUCCGUCAGGCAUACUAUGCACGCUGCAAAGAGACGCUUCCAGACUACACAGACGCGGAAAAAUCCUCGUCAAUGCGCUCCCGCUACAAGGGACUCGAGGCGCUGAUGCACCUGCCGGACCUCUUCUACAAAGCCAUGUGGAUCACACUGUUCACCCUGGGCGUCUUCAUGAUCUCGUCUCCCCAAGAAAUCCAGCGCACCCCGAACUACCUGCCCGCGCUGUUCGCCCGCUGGGGGGUCCGGGACGUCGACAACACACUGUUACUCAUCGGGUCGAUCAUGGUGGUCUGGAGCACCGCGGCGUGUGCGUCUCUCGGCCCGUUGUUCAACAACCCGUUCAUCACGUACCUGGGCAAGAUCUCGUACGCGCUGUACCUGAUGCACGGCACGGUGAUCAAAUCGCUCGGCUACAACGUCCUCCCCUGGACCCUGUACAUGGCCACCUGGACCCCCUGGGAGGUCGAGCUGGAUGUCGACUGGUGGCACGGCGUCUCUUCCAGCCAAAAAGUCCUGGCCUACGCCCUGGGCCUGUGUUUUGUCGCCACCGCCUGUUUCUGGGUCUCCGACCUGUUCUGGCGCUUCGUCGACAUCCCCAGUGUCUCGUUCGCCCGCUUCGUCGAGACCUGGGUCACCAAGGGCGCCGACGACCCCGCGCCCCUCGAUGACCCGCUGCCGGGAUUCGCGCUGGGGUCGUCGGGUUUCAACGACUCCUACAACCAUCACUCCGCCUUCGACUACCGUCGUGCCCGGGCCUCCAGCUCGGCCGGUCCAGGCCACCUGCGAAAUGCGAGCCACAUCAGCGGCAUUUCCGGCCAACAGGACGGAGGAGGGCCGAAACGCAAGAACGGAUGA